AUGGAUUCCACAUCUUUCUUACCAACAUUUUUCGAUGUGGACUUGACAGUAUCACAUAUUGAAUGUCUUCAUAAGGAUAUUCUGGUGAAAUUUCAAGGCAGCUAUAACAGUGAAUGUCAGUUUGACUACCACAUAUUGCAGAAGGAAAUACAGCAUAUUUCAAAACUGAAAAAUAAUGUGGACAUUGAUGAAUUUUGCUUGGUGGAAGAAAGAGUAACUGGAGAAUGGUAUAGAGGAAGAGUCAUGGAAAAGAAAAAUGAACUCUAUACAGUACUCCUGAUAGAUCGUGGUGAAAAGCUGAGAGUUGAUAGUACUCAUGUUGCUUCAGCCUGUGAAAAUUUAUUUGAGCUCCCACCACGGGUUGUAUGUGGUUAUUUUGCCAACAUCCUUCCAGUUGGGGACAAAUGGUCUCCUAAGGCUUUAAAUUAUUUCAAAUCAUUAGUAGGAGUGCAACUGAAAGGUUAUGUACAAGCUAUUUUGCCUCUGCAAAUGCUGCUCCUUGAAGUGCCAAAAGUUAUAUCUGGGGCCCUUGAACUUCAGUUAGGAAGAUUUAUUGAUGGAGAUUCAUUUCAUCUUAUUGUAGAAAUGUUAAAAGAAUUCCAUAAACAAAUGCCAGACUUACUACAGCAUAAAGGAUCUGUAUUGUCACUAAGUAAUAACAGUUCUUCACUUGACGUUCAGCAUGUUCUGGAUAACUUACAGCCAUCUUUGUCAGUAGGAAGUUUUGAAAAUAUCAAGGUAUCAUCUGCACUGAGUCCAGGUAAAUUUUACUGUCAGUUAAUUAAAUGGAUCCCAGAGCUAGAAAAUUUGACAGUGUGUAUGAAUUUGCAUUAUAAUAUCACCAGUGAAGACACCAAUCUCACUUGUGAUAAUUUUGGACUACUCUGUGCUGCUAAAAGGAGAAAUGGACAGUGGUAUAGAGGAAUCCUUCAGGAACUCCUGCCCAAUAAUCACAUAAAAAUUUGGUUUAUGGAUUAUGGGAGUACUGAGGCUGUACCCUCUGUUCAUGUAAAGAAACUGAAACAGGAUUUUAUUUUAUUACCACUGUUUUCAUUUCCGUGCUCUCUAACAUAUUUACGUAGUCCAGACAGAGAUGCUAGAAAACUUCAACUGAGUGUGUUCAAGCAAGCCUUAUUAGGACAAAUUGUAUAUGCACACAUCGAUUCUUUCAGUAAGGAUGAGCAUUUGUAUUAUGUGACAUUACAAACUCAGGAAUCUGCAAUUAAUUCCAAAGGUCUGCUGAAGACUGUAGGUGUACAAGCGAGUUGUUCAGCGUCUGAUUCAGAAAUCUCCAACAUCUUGAAUGAGACAAGUGUUUCUGUUGUAAACAGCUUUGCAGUUGAUGGUGUUAUUGGAAAUGAUGAACAGCUGAUAGAUUGUCUAGAUAAAAAAGACAUUUUAAGAUCAGGCUUUCCUAUUAAAACUGUUGAAAUUGAGAUAGAAGCAGCUUACAUUGCGUUCGUAGUGUAUGUCCUAAACCCAUCAAAUUUCUGGGUACGCCUUAAUGACCAUCAGAAUGAUUUUCAAGCUAUAAUGAAAAACAUAAACAAGCAUUAUGAUCUGUGUGAAAAUGAUGAAUUGAUUCUAAGAAAUCCUGAACCUGGAUUAUUCUGUUGUGCCCGAUAUAGCAAGGACAGAUGUUUUUACAGAGCUGUCAUCACUGAAGUUAAUGGUCUUAAGAUUACUGUUUAUUUUUUGGAUUAUGGAAAUACUGAUUCCAUCCCAUUUUUUGAUGUAAAGAUUUUGCUUCCUGAGUUUUGCAAGCUUCCUGCCUUAGCUGUUUGCUGUUCACAUGCACAUCUAUUUCCUGUGGAAGAUUUAUGGGUAAAGGCAGCAAUUGAUUAUUUUAAAAGAAUUGUUUUGAACAAAGCAAUUUUGCUCCAGGUUAUAGCAAAGAAAGAUGACAAGUACAUGGUGAAUAUUCAGAGUCUUGAAGCCUCAGAAAAUAUUGAUGUCAUCUCUCUUAUGUUACAAGCUGGAUAUGCAGAAUACUGGGAAAUAGAACCACAGUGUUUCCUAAAGUCUGUAAGCAAAUGUUCUGUGUUACAUUUACAUUCUAAAAACAAAGUUAACAUUGCAAAAGUCCUGUCUUCCCUUCUUGAAAGACCUAAACCUAAAAACUACCAGUCCAAGAAGCUGGAAGAAAAUCUCUCAUCUUUGCACAAAUUCCCAAGUUUAAAAAAUCCUUUUCUCCUGACCCCUCCUGCCUUAUCACAGCCUUAUAAAGAAUGUAUGUUUAAGCCAGGAACAGUUCUUGAGGUCAGAUGUUCUUAUUAUUAUGGCCCAGUUGACUUUUCAUGCCAGCUUCAAUGUAAGUUAGAAGAACUAAAAUUUCUAAUGGACAAAAUUCAAGCUUAUUAUAGCACCCAUUCUGACCCUUAUGAGACCGGGCAGGUUGCUUGUGUUGCUAAAUAUUCCAAGGAUGGGAAGUGGUAUAGAGCUGCUGUUUUGAAUCAAGUAUCAAAAAAAGAAGUUGACAUAUUAUUUGUUGACUAUGGUUACCAAGGAAGAGUUUUAAUUAAAGAUCUCUGUGCCAUUAAUCCACAUUUUCUUUAUUUGGAAGCCCAAGCCUUCAGGUGUUGUCUUAACCAUUCAGUUGAGCCCAGGAGCUGUAAAUUAUUUGACUGGACAAGAGAAGCAUCCAGAGACUUUGGAAAUUUUAUUUCUUUAUCUAGAGGGUUAUUGACUUGUAUCAUAUAUGCCUUAGUUCUUAUACAUCCUAACUGUUUAUGUAACUUGGUGGAUUUAUGGUCAUCAUUUGCUAGUGCAAGAAAAUUUAAAAUUAAUUGUGGCUCCACACCAUAUAGCAUGCUAUCAAAGCCUCUCCCCUUAUCAUUUAGUUUUUAUAGCUACUAUUAUUCUUCCUUUAAUAUAAAAGUUGGAAGCGAAGAAGAGGUCUAUAUAUCUCACAUAUAUAGUCCCCAAAAUUUUUAUUGCCAGCUUAGUAGAAAUAAUAAAGACCUAGAGAUGCUAGAGAAAAAAAUAGCAGAGUUGAUUAGCCUCAAAAAUUGCCCAAAGUAUGAUUCUACUAAAAUGAGAUUGUGCAUCUCAAAAUAUGUAGGAGAUGGUCUCUCAUAUAGAGCUUUAGCAAAGCCAACAGAUUCAUCAUCUGACCUUCUUGUGUAUUUUGUGGACUUUGGAAAUAACCAGUUAGUAGAAAAAAACAUGUUGAGGGCCAUUUCUAAUCAGUUUCCAGAGUUACUGUUCACACCCAUGCAAGCUAUUCAAUGUUUUUUGUCAGAUCUUAGAGAUACAGAUAUCCCGGCAGAAAUCAAUAGCUGGUUUGAAGAUAAUUUUGUGGGGAAACGACUAAAGGCUGUAAUAUUAUCCAAGGAACCAGAUGGCCAGUUAGGUGUAGAAUUAUAUGAUGAGUAUCAACAUAUAAAUCAUACAAUUAAAAUGUUACUUAAUGCUUAUGGAAAAAAGCAUUCUGACCAAGCACAGUGUGUGAAAGAGAGCAGUAAGUUAAGUGAGAAUAAGAGACUUGCCACUGCUUUGAAUGGCAAAAUAGUAAAUACUUAUCACCAUGAUGUGAUAAAUAAAUCCAGUCCACUAACAUGUCCCAAAAAUAAAAUGGAUCAGUUAAUGUAUCCUAAAGGUAUACAUGCCAGCCUUGGGAAGCCACUCGUGUCUUAUACAAUUGAAACUACAACAGAAAACCAAGUGAAGACGUCAUUUAGUGAUAGGCCUAAAAAUAAAGGCGUAAAACCCAUCCUUGGCUCAGCCCACGUUGCUGAUGAAAGUGAUGUGGAUCUGAAGUCAGGAAAGGUUGUAUCACUGUCAUUUAACAGAGACUUAAAUCCAGCAGCCUCCAAAAGCCCAUGCAAGUUUAUGAGACCACAGAUCAAAGACCUUCCUCAGCUCCAUGUUCCCUUGAAUGCCCAGGUUAAAGGGUAUCUAUCAAAUAUCAGUCAUCCUGCAAGUUUCCAUAUUCAGCUUACUGAGAACGAAAAUGUCAUCACCAGACUUGAAGAUGCUCUAAAUGAAAGAAGAGCAGAUCGAGUGAAGGAGCCAGGCCUGGCUGAACCUCAGGUGGGCGAUAUUGUAGCUGCAGAAUACUCUGGCGACAGUGCCAUUUACAGGGCAGUUAUUAAGAAAAUUUUGCCAAGGAAUUCUUUUGAAGUGGAAUUUUUUGACUAUGGCAAUACUGCAAUAGUAAAUAUAGCUAACAUUUAUGAAAUCAAGAGAGAAUUCCUAACUAUUCCUCAGCUAGGAAUCCAUUCUUUUCUUAGUGGAGUGAAGUGGCAUGAGCCUGAGGAGAUUUGGGACAGCAAAACUGUGGAUUAUUUUGCUUCCAGAAUAAGGAACAGGAUUGUUUCUUGUGAAUUUUUGAAGAAGUAUGGUCACAAAUGGGAGGUAAAUAUAAUUUGUGACGGGAAAUGUGUCACUAGUGAACUACUGAAAUGGACAACUUGCUCGAAACUACAGAAGAUGGUAUCACAGGCCCCUCUCAUUCACUCUCAGAAGGUUAGCUCAACUGAUGAUAAUGCUGCGAAGGCCCAAUCAAACCAUUAUGAAAGUUCUCUGCUCCUUCAGCCAUCUGGGCAACAGCUGGUUAAAAUUCCUUCUGAAAUGUUCAAGCCUUGCCAACUUGAAAAAGCUGAAGUACUUUAUGUUUCCAAGAGUGGCAGAUUUUAUGUGAAGUUAUCCAAAAAUAAUAAAAUUUUAUCCUACUUAACAGGGUUAAUUACCAAAGAAGAAAAACGACCCUCUUUCUUAUCAAGGGAGAACAUUGAAAAAGGCUUGGAAUGUUUGGCGCAGUCUAACAAAACUUACAAAUGGUACCGGUCCAAAGUAGAAAAGAAGUGUGUUGAUGAGAAAGUGCUUGUUUUCUUAGUAGAUCAUGGUAGGUAUGAAAUAGUGUCUUCAAGCAAUACCAAGUUACUUAGCAAUGAAAUCAGAAAUAUUCCAAGACAAGCUGUGCCUUGUAAAUGGAUUUGGUUAGAAAAUUCCAGAAAGAUGCCAUUUCCAUUCACUCGGUGCUUAUUUGCUCACUUGGAAGUGAGCAUCCUUUUCCUGAAAUAUUUAGACCCUGCUUGGGAAGUUGAAAUUUUGGUAGAUGGCAUGUUACUUAUGGAGUAUUUAAGUCUGAAUAUAGUUCAAGUUGGAAAAAGCAAAAUUCAGUCCACAGGAAGUAUGUUCAAAGUGCAGACUCUCUUGUCACCAUGUGUACGGAGGUCGUUUCCUCAAGCACCACUCCGAGAGGGUAGGCGGUACUCUGGGAUCGCCACUGCUGUUUGUGAUCCUUGGGACUUCAGUGUUCAGUUAGAAGAUUCUUUCGAUGCAAUGAAACAUGUCUUCAUGUUGCUUUCAGAUCUUCCAGACACCUUGCAAACACUGCCCAAAGAGCUGGUAAUUCCUGGUUCUAGUUGUUUGUUCAAAUAUGAAUCAGAAGAUCAAUGGAACAGAGUAGAAAUCUCUGGAGUCUCUGAUAAGUGUUUGCUUCUUGUGUUGAUCGACUAUGGAUUUUCUAUUUAUAUACCUUAUUCAGACAUAAAUAAUCUUAAGGCUGCCCCAGAGGAGCUUUUGAAUUUGCCACGGCUAAGUUAUCCGUGCUGCUUGGAUGGCGUUGUACCUGCCACAGGAGAACACUGGAAUGAAGAAGUCACAAGUUUUCUUCAGGAGUUUCUAAGCAAACAAGGCCUGGUUUUUGAGCUUAGGGAGUGUGGCUCUGAAACAAAGCUGAAAGUAGACGUCCUUCAUGACAAAAGUAGUUUGGCAGAUAUAUUAGUUGCAGCAAGUCUUGCAACAUAUUCUAAGGAUUCAGCUCAUCUUGGAGCUCCAAUUACUGAAUCUACUAAGAUCCAACAUAAAUUUCAGAGUAAACCUAUUUGCCCAUUGUUGGAUCAAAUUUGUGAUAGAGAAGAUACAAAUUGUAGCAGUAAGACUCAAAAGUUGAAAAAGAUACCUAUUAAGAGGAAAGAUGUCUUUAAGAGCCUCUUAAGUAGAAGGCAUACUAGCAAAAAGUCGCAUUCUAGAAAUUUAACAUGGGGAAAUAAAGUUGAUAGUAGGAAACAUAAUGGCCAAGGACUCAUUAUAUCUGAUACAUAUGAAGCAGCUUCAUUCUGGGAACUGCCUAAUCACUUGAAGAAUAACAUCCAUCAUUUUGAAAACCAUUUUGAAAAAGCACUCACUGAAGGAAUACAGAAAAAUAACACAAUGGACUUAAAAACUGGAAUAAAAGCAUUGGAUGUAAGUGAAGAUACUCUGUCAAGAAACUUAAAAGUUAUUGAAUCUCCAGGACCUCCUGUCAAGCAGAAUGUACAAAACUGGAAACGUUCUUCCCUGGUGGAGCUGGAGGUGAGGACAGCGACCUCACGGUGUGCUGUAGGUGAUACUGGGCAGAACGUGAAAUGCCAGAAUGAGCUCCAGGCGCAGGCACCUCGUCUGCGCAGGCUUCCUGGAGCUGCAGAGGAACAGAGCUCCUCAAACUCAGUCCCAUCAGAUUACCACUUUAUAGCAAUGCUCCUACAGAAAGGAUUAAAGGACACCAAAAGCCUCACAGAGGAGAGGAGAUUUCAAAUGGGCCUUGAUGAGCAGGGAGGCCAAGGGCAUCGGGGUGACCUUCUUAAGAGAGAGCAAGCAGGGCAGCCAUCUUUUCUCUUCUCUAAACAUGAGAGCAAAGACACAUCUCUGAAAGGGGGCCUCAGCAGGUUAGAAGAAUGUGGAAUCCAGUGGAGUGAGGGGCUGGAUGUAGAUGGGCUCGUAAAUUCCUCCUUUCAUCUCUAUCUGCUGGAAGUGAUUGUAUCCUGCCAACAGGCUCCUCUGCUCAGACUCCUCAUCCAGGAGCUUAGUGGAAGCAGAAUGGCUUCUGAUGCCCCACCUUGGCCUCCCUUGGGGGACCCAAUCCAGCCUUAUCCUCUCCAAGAUCCCCUACGAGAUGCCUGA